GUUCGAUUUAGAGUGGCAACCAUUCACAGUUGAAUUUUAUAGUAAAUCUGGCAAUAAUUUAUUUGAUGUAGCGUGGCCGCUAAUUUGGAUUCUAACCAGCGUAUGCAACGAUGAAAGUCAAAGGCCAGCUCAAAGAAUUUAAAAUCAUUGGGCGCCCAUUGCCCACUGAAAAGGAAAGAAAUCCUCCCCUCUAUAGAAUGAGGAUAUUUGCUCCGGAUAAGGUGACAGCAAAAUCUAGAUUUUGGUACUUCACCAGGAAGCUAAAGAAACUGAAGAAGUCUAAUGGGGAAAUUGUUUGUAUUUCUGAGAUUUAUGAUAAGACACCAACAAAGGUAAAGAACUUUGGUAUAUGGUUAAGAUACAAUUCACGUACAGGUACUCAUAAUAUGUACAGAGAAUAUAGAGAUAUGACUGUGGCAUCUGCUGUAACACAGUGCUAUCGUGACAUGGGCGCAAGACAUCGUGCAAGAGCAGAUUCAAUUCAGAUUAUGAAGGUAGAAGAAAUACCUGCAUCAAAAUGUAGAAGACCCCAUGUGAAACAAUUUCAUGAUAGCAAAAUCAAGUUCCCCUUGCCAUCAAGAAUCAAUCGCAAGUUCCACAAGCCACGUUUCACUACUAUUAGACCGAAUGCAAAAUUCUAAAUUUGUAUGAAAAUUAAUUUCUGUGAAAAUAAAAAAGUAUAAAAAAUUA